AGAAGACCGGCUGUGAUUCGUAAUUUGCUAACGAGAAGCACUACUAAUCCCAGAGAACCAUAGUGCCGUCCGUGCAGUUCCUCGCCGCCAAUCCUGUGCCUUCCGGGAAUUCACAUUUUGAAAUAUUAUUUCGGUUAAGGUUUUCACCGGUCACGUGGAGGGUGCGUUGUGCGGUGUGUUCUUUGCGCUGAGGUCAUUCGCGGUCAUUAGUAUAUUUAUGGCUUAGUACAUAAGCGGAGCGGUACCGUCUUCCUUUUUUGCGGAAGCGAGUAAUUCGAAACAAUCGCCAACUGUAACAGGGCCGGAACCCUGCAGGCUGUCAACACCUAGUUUCCUGACUCAUUCGGGAGGUAGAUUUCCGUGGGUCUCCACUACCCCACUAAUCAGUUAUCGAUUAAGCGCGCGUCUGGGCAACACGUUAUUUGCCUACGUGGAACCAGUAACUUACCCACCUGAAGCAUGGAUCCAUUAAGUAUUGGAUCGAGCGUCCUGAGUCUGCAUCAGCGAGAAAACAGCGAGCAGCACAAAGAUGACGCAUUCCGAGAGAUCAUUGCCAGCUGCCGGUCGCUGAGCAAGUAUGAGACGAACACCAGGUCCGCCCUGCCCCAGAUCCUGUCGGCGAUCGUGGCCGCCUCGUUCCACAUCGUCAUCGGUAUCUCGUUGGCCUACUCCGCUAUUCUGAUCCCGCAGCUAGAGGAACCGGGCAGCGAUGUGCCCAUCACCAAGGCCCAAUCGUCGUGGAUCGCGUCGAUCAUCGUGAUUAUGGUGCCGAUCGGGUCACUGGUCGCCGGCAUAAUGAUGGAGUUUCUCGGGCGCCUCAACACGAUUAAACUGGCCGCACUGCCGUGUGUCGUCGGCUGGGUGUCGAUCGCCCUCGCGCCAAACUUCACCUGGAUCAUGGUCGGUCGCGUGCUGACUGGUUUCGCCUGUGCGCUCGGAACCAGCCCUGCCAUCGUCUACAUCACGGAGGUGGCCCGGCCGGAUAUGCGCGGUUCGUUGAUCUCAUCCGGUCCUACGCUGGCCUCGCUCGGCAUGGUCAUCGCCUACGCAAAGGGUGCUUUCAUGAACUGGCGGUUGGUGUCGUGGAUCUGCAUCAUUUACACCGUCGUUCCGGUUGUGCUGAUACAGCUGUUCGUCCCUGAGUCUCCGGUUUGGCUGGUGUCGAAGGGGCGCAUCGAGGACGCGGCCCGCUCGCUGCGCUUUCUCUACAAGAAGUAUCCCCAACCCGAGCACACGGAUCAACCACUGUCCGAGAUGCAUCUGAAUGCGCUGCUGAAAGAGCGGGAAACGAAGAUCGCAGAGGCGCAGAGAAACGUCAACCGGCACGGCGAGCAGCAGUCUAAGCUGCGUGGAUUCCUGAAACCGACCGGCUACAAACCGAUGAUAAUCCUCUUCUGGUUUUUCCUGAUCCAGCAGUUUAGCGGCAUCUACAUAACGCUCUUCUUCGCGGUCACCUUCAUUCAGGACGUGGGGACCGAGGUGAACGCAUUCACGGCUUCCAUUUUCGUAGGGCUCACGCGCUUCACGAUGUCCCUGCUGAACGCGUGGUUGUUGAAGCGGUUCCCGCGCCGUCACCUCGUCAUGGUUUCGACUAUCGGGAUGGCGCUUUGCAUGUCCGUGUCGGGUCUGUUUACCCUGUGGAUCAAAGAGGGUACCACAACGCUCACGUGGAUACCGGUGGUUGGGUUGCUGCUGUACGUGUGCGCCUCGAUGAUCGGACUACUCACCAUACCGUGGACGAUGACGGCCGAACUGUUUCCGACGGAAAUCCGUGGCAUCGCCCACUCGAUCUCAUACUCGAUGGCCAAUCUUUUAAUGUUUUUCGCCGUCCAAAGCUACCGGACAAUCAGUGAUCUGCUCGGAGGAGCGUACGCGGUCCAGUGGAUGUUUGCCGUCGUGUCGGUGAUAGGAUUUUUCUUCGCCCUCUUCUUCCUACCGGAAACGCAAGGCAAAAGUUUGGCCGAAAUCGAGGCGUACUUCGCUGGCAAGUCGCAAUCGUCACCGCAGCGUUCGUCGGCGGAAAGGGCAGCCAAAACGACCGUCACCGAGCAUCUCAUUCGCAGUCCGAGCCGGGAAGCGAAGCUGAAGGAGGUUGAGCUGAUGCUGAAGAACAAGAAUGGUGCUUAAUGCGCCACAUUGAAGCGUUCAAAGGACAACGACCGGACGGCUAAGUGUUUGGAGGAUAUAGAAGAAACAUUUAUGAUACAGUAUUCAAAUUUGCUGUGCAACUUGUGAAAUGGAGAUGUACUUACUGUACCGUAGGAUAGAAAACAUAGGAACGCCAUACGAUGGAAACUCCUUCCCUGAUGAAGCACACGCCGUACACCAAGUGGUGCCAAUGUAGGGAAUCUUUUCACGAAGGAGAGUAUAUAUUUAUUUCUAGUAUUUUCAAAUUAAGCGUGACAUUGCGCAAAACGUGCUUUACAAAUCAUGCUAGGCACGUUGAAUUCAGAUACGUGAGUAUGCAGGAAUAUUUUGAAGAUUAGUAUUUUUUAAUGACGAACUUUAGCUUAAUAAGCAAAACAAACUACGUUGCACUGUAUGUUGGAUUGGCGUUUGACCUUUCUGAUGAAGCCAUUUGAUGCAAUCCAAGUUCAAAACAAGCGUGUUAAUCGGAUUCGACUCGCAUAUGCAAGCAUAUGGUGUUAAUUCGGGACAAACGGUUGAUUGGAGUCGAUUGAAGCGAUACGAACGAUGAAUACAAUCCAAACUAUU